AGUUACCGAGUAGUUCCAAGCAAGGUAGUGAGCACCACUUCUACAUUGUAUCAUUUGACUGAACUAAAUAGUUAGCUAGCUAUUCGCUAGCUAUCUUAUAGCAAGAAGGGUAAUUUAGUUGAUGUCCACGUUGAUAACUUGUUUAUUAUUAAUGUCGUAACACUUUUUAUUCUUAUUAUUAAAUAUCAAGUAAUUGUAUUGUUGAAGUCACGGAUGUGGAUUUAGUAGCAAUUGGGCGAAGGAAGUCGUCUGGUUUUGGGAGACCCUGCGCCGUGGCCGUGACAGCUCCAGACGGGCUGUCAUCGAGGAGACGCCGGAGCUGUUUACUCUCCAGGACAUCAACACCCCACUGAUACCAGCGUUCAACGAGGGUAAAGGCUUCCAAAGCCUCCAAAGAGACUCGAUCAGCAGGCUGCCCCCCCCCCCCCCCCCCCCCCCACUGAACAGACCAUGAACUGAACGCCCAGCCUCCUGGCCCCCGUGUUGUUUCCCUCUUUAUUUUUUCCUGCGGGGUAAGAACUUUUUGAUCAGCUCCCACCGGCAGGGGAUAGAGAAGAGAGGGUCCAUCCCGCCGUUGACAUCACACCCCAUCCCCCCCCCAGAUCGCCACACACACCUUCGACCUGUCGACUUCCUUCACCUCUCCACCACCAUACGGGAAGCAUGGGGAGAAAAAAGAUUCAGAUCCAGAGGAUCACAGAUGAGCGCAACAAACAGGUGACGUUCACCAAGCGCAAAUUCGGCCUGAUGAAGAAGGCCUACGAGCUGAGCGUGCUGUGCGACUGCGAGAUCGCCCUCAUCAUCUUCAACCACUCCAACAAGCUCUUCCAGUACGCCAGCACCGACAUGGACAAGGUGCUGCUGAAGUACACAGAGUACAACGAGCCCCACGAGAGCCGCACCAACGCCGACAUCAUCGAGACUUUACGAAAGAAAGGCUUUAAUGGCUGCAACAGUCCGGAGCCAGAUGGGGAGGACUCUAUUGACCAAAGCCCCCUGAACGACGACAAGUUCCGCAAGACCAACGAGGACCUGGACAUCCUCUUCAAAAGAUACGGCUCUACAGUCCAGCCUCCCACUUUCUCCAUGCCUGUCACAGUCCCAGUGACCAAUCAGAAUACACUACAGUUCAGCAACCCCAGCAGUGCCCUGGUUACCACCUCCUUUGUGACAUCAUCUCUGUCGGACCCCCGCCUCUUAUCACCACAGCAACCAGCCCUACAGAGGAACACAGUGUCUCCAGGGUUACCACAGAGACCAGCCAGUGCAGGGGCACUUCUAGGAGGUGAAUUGAACAGCUCAAAUGGAGCAUGUCCGAGUCCAGUUGCAAAUGGGUACAUCAGCGCCAGGGCCUCCCCAGGUCUCCUUUCCGUCUCCAACGGCAACAGCCUGGUGAAAGUAGUUCCGGCCAAGUCUCCUCCUCCGCCCAGCCCUCAGAUGGUGAACAGCCGCAAGCCGGACCUCCGGGUCAUCACUUCUCAGGGUGGCAAGAGCUUGAUGCAGCUGACAGAGGAGGAAUUAGAGCUGAAUGCCCAGCGGUUAGGCGGCUCUCAGGUGACACAACCGCUCACCACGCCGGUGGUCUCCGUGGCAACACCGAGCCUUCUGAGCCAGGGACUGCCCUUCUCGGCCAUGCCGACCGCCUACAACACAGAUUACCAGUUGACAAGUGCUGAUCUCACAGCACUCCAGGCUUUCACAUCACCGGGUGGUCUGUCGCUAGGCAACAUGUCCGCUUGGCAACAGCAGCAGCCGCCACAGCAGCAGCAGCAGCAACCAUCGGUAUCCCAGCAACAGCAACCACAGCAGCAGCAGCAGCAACAACAACAACAACUGAACCUGGCUUCACUCAGUAACUUAGUCAUGUGGGGAGUGGAUAAACAGAGCAUUGAGAUGUCUAGCUGUAUCUCCAGUCUUGCUGCAAACCUAAGCAUGACAUCGCAGUCAAACUUGCUCUUGGGCAGGGAAGAAGGGUUCAACUGGCCGGUGGGUCACUUACCUCAGGGCACCACACUGACGGUCAACACCAACCCCAACGUGAGCAUCAAGUCUGAGCCCGUGUCGCCAAACCGGGACCGCAGCACCCCCUGCUCCGCAUCCGGCGGCGUCCUGACCACCGUCGCCCAGUAUCCCGGGGCCCUGCGCCUGGAGACCACCGGCCGAUCGCCCGUCGACAGCCUGAGCAGUAAUGGCAGCUCCUACGAGGGCAGCGACCGCGAUGACGGGGCCCAGGCGCGGCCUCCCGACUUCAGCUCCACGAUGGUGCCCUUGCGGCCUUCGGCUGAGGCGGAGCAAGAGGGCUCCAACGUCAAGCGCAUGAGACUAGAUGCCUGGGUCACAUAAAAAGGAAAAUUAAGAGGUGUACAUGAUGCCCCACCGCCACCCCCCACCCCCCCAUCCAGCCAUCCAUCCAUCCACACUGAUGCUACUGCCACCAACCAUCGCGGCCUCCUGCCACUACCAACACACACACGCUCGUGCACACACACACGCUCGUGCACACAGCUCUCAUUGACUGAGCCCAACAAACCAGAGCUUGCCCUUCUGUUUGGAGUGGUCUGGAUUUAUUAAGGACCUGGGCGACAAAAUAUGAAAUUUUAAUUGUUAAUUUUAAAAUAUUUAUCCUUCAGUACAGAAGGGGGGGGGGGCUGGGAGUUCUGGGUCAACAGAGAAAGAGAUGAUAUGUGUGAAAGGACAGGGGGGCUUUUUCCUAGCUUUGUUUUCAGUUCUGUCUGUAGUUUGGUCUAUGAUUCCUCUGGAUUCCACAGUUCAUUUUUCUUUGAAGUUUUUCUUUGUUGAACUGCACUGCUCUGUAGCCGUAGGAUACGUGAGUCAUUCUAAGCACUGGCCUGAUCACCGCUUGGAUUUCUGCUGUCCCUCCCCCCCCUUUGCAGCACAGGUUGUUCUUGCUCCUCGCAAACAGGCCUCACAAACAUUGUCGUCCACCCCGCAUUGGCCAUCGCAUGCAGUCCGGCUUGGCAAGACCCGCAUCCGCAAAAAGAACAGAACUGCAAAAGCUGUCGGCUUCAAAGUAUUUUUCUGGCUUACGGCCUUUUUGCGUACGGUUCUCUAAUCUGAAUCCCGGCAAAUACUUUAAUUAGGUGGUUGCUCCACUAUGCAGGCUACAGAAUCAGAAUAGCAAUUGAAGAUGAAGAGUUGUGAAGAUUCUCUGUAGGCAGUGAAGGUAAACCAAGCUUUUGUGGAAGCAAGAGUCUGUCUGGAUUGUUGUGUAAGAGAAGGUCGCUUCCUGGUGGGAUGCAGAGAUAGAAUAGAGUCACCAAUGGGCAGGUACACCUCUUCGGUUUAAUUCACCCCCCCACACACACACACUGUUGUCUCAACCUAUUCCCUUCUCUGCCUCAAAAGAUCUGCUUGCCUGGUUUUUUUUUUUGAGAGAACUGUAGCCUUCUGUACUCUUAAAGAGUGACGAUGUCCAGCCUUACAUAGGAGGAGGUUAGGAGGGAACGCUGACAGCGCGAGGCCGCACCCACCUCAGGGACGACGGCCCCAGUGCAGCCAUGCGGCGGGUGACACCACAGCACCACACUAGUCCGCAUGGAAGGGAGCAGUGUGAAGUUCUGUUCUCCCAGUGGCAGUAGUGCCAAUCCUGCCGCCAACCCCCAAAUGUUCCCUGAAGUUUGGAGACCUGGUUGCAUGUACCCAGGACAAAUCAAUUGCAGGUUAAGGGCCUUGCUCAAGGGCCCAAUAGAGUAGAAUCACUCCUGGCAUUCACAGGAUUUGAACCGGCAACCUUCCGAUUGCUGGCACAGAUCCCCAGCCUUGGAGCCACCAGUCCGCCCUACUAACCUUGGAUAACCCAUUAAAUCUCUUCAUUAUAUCAAAGGGAGAACCACCCAGCUGGAUUUCCUCUAACUUUUGCUCUCCUCUGCGUUCUGAUCACGGUUCAUAUAUAAUUUUUGCUCCUUUUCAUGGCUGCUUAAUUGAUCAAAUAUCAGGCUAUUUAAUAAAGUUUUUUUCUUUAUUUAAAAAAAAAAGAAACAGCCUAGCUUGUGUUUAAGGGGGCUGAGGGAUGCUCUCGUAAAUGGAAAACAACUGAACUCUGUUUUCAGCAUUUUACAGCUGACAGCUUCAUUAAAGCAGCCCUUGAUCUUGAAGGCGAACAGUGAAAGAUAUAUUGAGCUGGCUUUAGAUAAACUUGCUAGCUUUUAAAAUCUUAAGUUCGUCAGAUGUCUAGGAAUCGGUUGACAGUAUGGCAUGUGUUUGUGUAUAUUAUAUACAUACACCUUUUGAUUCUCAGUGGAUGGAUGGAUGGAUGGAUGGAGAUAUAUAUAUAAAAAUCAGAAUCAUAAGCUCCAAGCAGAAAUGCUGGAGGGCCAGUGAAGGAGGUGAUGGAGGAGAUGACUGUGUGAAUAGCUUAUAAUAUUUACUUUAAUAAAGCGCACUUUAAACUCCCACCCCUGUCCUUUGUAAAAGCCACGGUUUUGGCAAUAGCUUGUCCCCUUCUGACUCUUGGGGGACAGUGAGGCCAUCUUGUACUGUUCCUAAGGUGAGGGGGUUUUCCCUUCGUUCAGCCUUGUCUCUCUGGCAUCAUCUCUCCAUUUUCCCUACACAGCCACCUGAUCUUCACAGCCAAACCUAGCUGUGGCGUCUGGUCGAAGGGUGAUGCUCACCACCAUUAGCCCUUUGCUCAGCCUCCAUUUUGUUUCUCAGAAACCCUCUCCUCGGCAAAGCCGUCUGUUUGGUUCAAGGACAGAGACGCUUUCCAAAGCCCAUGUUUGCACUUCUGAAGUAGAGUAGCAGAGGAUAUGUAAAGACAAACAAAAAAAAAAAACACAAAAAAGACAAGUGUCUCCUGUAAAAUAAAAGCUAUUUACUCGUUAUCUUUACGACGUGUAUUGAAAUUCUGCAAUACUCCAGAAUUGUCUAAUAUUUUUAUCUGUUACGUACAGUAUAUUGAGUAUUUUAUAGUGUGUUUAUCGUUAGUGAAAAGGGAUUCACUAUUUCUUAUGAAGGCUGGGAAACUAAGACAUGUUUUAUUGUGGUUCUUGGUAGAGAGGGAACCUGAAUCCUCCUUUGGGUAAAACUUCUUGGGGCAGAUGAGUGUCCUAGCCCCCCCCCCCCCCCAUCCUAAACAUUUGGAGUAUUACUGCAUCCAGCAUCCAGGCUGAGAUGAUUUGGAGGAAAUGGUCAGAGCACAAACAAGUAGCAAGUAUCUGAAGUGUCUAAAAAAGUUUUCAGCAGUGGAAUGUCCACAACAUGUCUCUUUGAUGAUGUCCAUGCACAUGAGUACAGUAGCAGUGCUCAGUUAUACCAAUAUUGAUAGUUGUCUUUUCUUAUUGAAUUUGUCUGGAAGUCACUAAAGAGCUCAGUUCUGUUUCAUGCGCCUGCUGUUUUUGUUUUUUUUGUUUUUUUUUUUUUUUUCUUUGCAAAUUUUGAAUUUAUUCAAGCUGGAAACAUUUUUUUUUUUUCCUUUAUGCAUCAUCGUUUGGCAGCUGCAGGUUUUUAAGAAAAACAUCUUGGUGAUGUGGGUAUUCUGUGUACUGUCAAAGUCACGUCUGACCCAUAAAGUAUCAAAGUAUCAACUCUUUCCGUUGCGGGUCACUUUGGCAGACUAAAAGUUGUUGAUCGAUCAUCUCCCACCCAUCCUGGCAAACCCACUCAGAAGUACUCGAUGAAAAUAUCGGCAAGGUUCAUUUAUGGACUGUAGCAUCUUUCUAUAGGUUAAGGUCACCACCAUGGUACCUCUGCCGUCAAUCAGGGGACGUUCUCACUCACUAGUGAGAGGAAGCCAUUCUCCAUUAAUCAGCCAGCAAUACAGGUUCACCUUGCAUCACUCCACCGCAGUCCUCGCAACCAAAGUUACAUGCCGUGCCCUUUCUGUCGACGUCCUUCGGUGCUGUCCUGUUCCUGCUUUUUGUAGGACAUUGCUGAACGCGCUUGCAGACCUCAGAGGAAAAGCCUGACUGUAAGAGGCACCGGCUGUACAGAUGGUAGUUUGAAGGGAAGCCUUGUACAUCACUGAUGGGGCAUAUCAGCGAGUGCUGUCUAUGGACAAGGACACGGUCUCCACAGGCUGUGAGACACUUACCUACAGCUGAUCCGCAACUGGCCGCAAACUAAGGCAGCAGAGUCCAGGGUACAUGCUGGCCAGAGAGGACAUGGGCCCCGGCCUUGUCUGCUUUUACGUACUUUGGCUUUAAGCACUGAAACGUAGCAGCUGUUGUUCUGACACUGAGCUGAGUCAUUGUAAUCGAAAGGAAUGACAAUCUUGCCCCUUAUUUCACAUGUAUAAUGUUGUUUUAGAAUAUCACUCAUUUUGUAGUGUUAAUUUGUGCUGGUGACAGUUCUGUUGUCUUUUUUUUAUUAAUAUUAUAGUUAUUGUUAUUGCUAAUAAUAAUAAUGGUAAUAAUAAUAAUGAAAGCCAAUCGUUUUCUGCCGUUUUGUGUGGGGUAGAAUUCUUUUGUUUGAUUUUUUUUUUGUUAUAAAUAUUAUAUAAAGUAUAUUUUUGUUUUCUGUUUGUUCCUUUUUUCUUCAAAGGGGUGUUAACUAAUAUUGCACGGUUUAUGAAUAAAUUGUAGUAAUAUUAGUGCAUAUAAAUAAUGGAGUAAAGGCAAAACACAAGUUGAAUAAAACUACCAGUCAAUGCUGCAAUUUUUAGUCUAAUGUUUAAAAAACUGGUUAAUACAUGAAGUAACAAGUGCACAUUUAAUUUAUUUCUGAUCAGACACAAAGAUUUCAGUAAUGUAAAUGCAUGGUAUUAAGCAAAAUAUGGAUCAGUAAUCCAUAUAAAUAUAUAAAAGAAAAAUAUUAUCAAUGGGAUUAUAAAUCACAAGAUGUAAUGGAAGAAAAAGGUUUAAAAUAAGAAAAUUAUAGCUAAUAUAUUGUGUUUGGCUAGUCUGCUUUGAGUUUUGUAAAAAAAAAAAUAUAUAUAUAUAUAUAUAUAUAAUAAAUAAAAAAUAAAAAGUUUUGUUUUUGGAGAAUGAUAUACAAUUUGUGUAUAUUUUCAUAAACAAAGUAUGCACUGAUAUGUUAUUAAAAUUCUAUACUGCUUUUACAAAGUGUUUGUUAUUGUACCAAAGUAUCCAUUUGUCCCUUGACACCUUUUCCCUUUUUGCGUAUGUUUUACCGUAUUUUAUAUAUUAAAUAGACAAGUUGACCUAAAAGGA